CAACGCCCUUCUCCUUAUGUUCGCCCGAAAGGGUGUCAUAAACCAGGAAGAGGGAGCUCCCGCAGCGUGUUACAGGAAAGAAGCAUAACUUUCUGAUCUUUUUGCUACCUACGCAAUGUAAGUCUCUGCAGCCGAUGGUGACGGUGAAAGAGACCGCCAGGAUUUCGCAGAAAUGACACCAAACGCUAAACUCUCCGCCUGUUUUCCAGCGCUUGUGGCCGGUCUUUUGUUACUGGUUUCGUAUGCAGCAGGAAAUGUUGUGAUGACAGUCAGUCCAAACACUGUCAUCAGUAUCAAGAGAGUGGAUCAAACCUCCAACUGUACUGUGUGCACUAACAUUAGUGAAUGCAGCUCUCAGGCCACUUUGAAGCCACCAGCCAGCAUCUCGGUGGACUUCACCUGCCUUCAGCCGCAAAUGGUUUUCAUCGUGGAGAUCAACAGAGAGAUAGUUUGCACAGAUCAGUCCUGCCAGGGGGGCAUCGUGCAGUCAGACUCCUCCAUCUUCCCAGAAUUCAACAGGACAUUUAACUGGGACGUGAAAGCCCAGUCUGGCAAAGGGUUCCAGGUGGAUUUCUUGGGGUCAGGAAUGCGACAAAUCCUGUCCUCUGAAACGUGUCCGGACCAGCAAACUUACGCCAUCGUUAUCUACCAGCGAUCUGGGCCAGUUACCAUUGGCACCUUUUGCAAGGAUGGCCUGAUCCGUAGAGUGCAUUUGCUGUACAAGGGCCGCGUGUCCUUGAAAUUGCCUGGACCAACAGCACUGGAUCCAUCAGCCUUCGAUAUUACUGUUGGACCAGAUGUCAAAGGUCUUGCUGAAGUCUCCGUACAGUUUCCCCUUGGGUCAUCUAACGUUACGCUCUUUUCACCAAACUCUCCUCGGGGUUUCCCGAGCAGCGAUCUGGUGACGUGGAGCUUCUCUGUCCCACCGAAGCACAACUUCACUGUUGUCUUCCUGGAAAGCACAGCUCCGCAGUGUCAGACAAAGAGCGUGGAGGUGCAGUACAUGGGGCAGAAUCUGAAGCUCACCGCCGGACUCUCCGACCCACAGCCUGCCCAGAGGCAAGGCGACUUCAGGAUGUCCCUCGUUAACUGUGACGUCACUGUGGGCUCAGGACUCCUCAGUUUCCAAGUGUCUGUGUCCAGGAGAAGCAGCCCAGUGCCGUGCUUGGUGGAUCUGCAGCAAGAGAAGGAUCUCACUCUUUACAUUAAGAAGAAAGACUCCACAUACUCACCUUGUGAGAUGAAAGUGGACUCCGUCAUCCGGGAGGAGAUCACCAUGCUGUCCGGGACGCAAUUCAAUCUGUCUUUUCAAGAUUGCGGGAGUGAGGAUAUCAUGCUCACUGCCAACAAAAGCAUAGACCUGAGGGCGUGUUCGGGGCAGAAGUCGUGCACGGCGGAUGAGAUCCCGCUGCACUGUUCCUACCCCUGGGCCAGUGCCCUCCCCAUACCGCUGCAGACAAUCACCUGGAACUUGCGUUCCUUGCAAGGGGGCACCAUUGAGCUGCGGCCCCCUGCUGGUGGCUUCAAGCAGUCUCUGGCCGGACAGGAGUGUGGCGACGGGGCUCUUCCUGACAGUCAGAGAUGGCAGCCGACGUCCCGCUCGGCACCUUCUGCCCCCAGUGGACCCCUGCGAGGCGUCAAGAUGCCGGCCAAUGCCUCCAUCGUGGCCACGCGGGCCGGGGAGUAUGGGGCUGACCAGCACGACGGAGAGCCUCGUGCAUAUGUGAUCGCUGUCGUCCCUGAGAUGAACUCCCCAGCAUGGCUGGCCACCCCCGACUGGCCCGCAGGGAUGCAGCCCAACACCGCGAUGUCCUGGCUGGUGUCGCCGCCCCCCGAGCACCAGGUGGAGCUGGAGCUGGUCAACAUCAGCCAACCCCUCUGUAGGGAGGGCAGCGCUCAGGUCACGGCGCAGGUGCUGGGCUUGAAGGAGGAGGUGCUGAGCCAAGGGGAACACAGGCUGACGGCGAAGGAGACCUUCUACCUCAACGCCACCAACUGCCUGUCCACGCAAGGGGACUUCAGCAUGCGGGCCAAGGUCACCAUACAGAGGAAGAAAACCCUGUAUCUCACCAUCAUCCUUUCGGUGGUGGGAGCCGUGCUGCUGCUGUUGGCCUUGGUGGUGAUCGCGAUCUGCGUGAUGAAAAGGACGAAGAAAAAGCGCAUGUCCAUCUACAACCCCAAUGGGAACAUGUUCACUCCGGAACACACUGUGUUCCACAGCGGCCGCGAUGACAAUGAUUCCCAUAUGUUCGACUCUAUGAAGGAUUCUUACCACAAUCUGCCAGCGCAGCCCACCUCCAGGCAGAACCCUGAGCCUGCGAUGGAGACCUUUCAGCCGUUCCUGGAUCCAUCGCAGGCUGCCAUGCCCGGCAGACCACGCACACCCAUCAUUCGGCAGGACAGCUUGGCCUACACCGACCCCCGCAUGAUGGACAACGAGCUAAACACCUUCAAGAGCGACGGUGACAUGGGUCCCUUCUCCUGCUCGCUCAUGGAGCUGGAACGCGAGCCAGAUGUAUACGAGGAGGAGGAGCCUGACUCUGGGGCGGAAUUCGACUAGGUGAUUGCGGUACCAUCGCAAACCCAUCGAAGCUGGCCGGUUUCAUUCCCAUGAUUUCAUGCCAAGUGAGCGUUUUACACGCCUGCAUACUGCUGUUUCAAGAUUCUAAUGCGCGCUGCCAUCCUCUUAGGGGAACAAGGAGACUGGACUUAGUGGGCCUAGACGUGACGCUUGCAGCUGUUGUUUUACCCUCAGGCUACUUUUCCUUUGCGCUCAUCUUAAUUUCAGAACGUUUUAACGAAUCGACGAUUUCAGAGGAUUACAUGCGGCGGGUCCGUCGCGGCCCACUGUUACAGGAGAUUGAUGACUCUGGGACAGUGCCUGGUUCCCCAGCGACGCAUUUAUCUUCACAGUGGUGGUUGGAUGCCACCAUUAUUUAUCCUGUGGACAUCUUUGGUAGCUUCGAUUUAGUCUGGGCUGUUAAACUUCCCUGGAUUGCCAAGAUGCGUCAACCUGGAACUCAUGCCUUUUUUUUUUAAAAUUUCAUUAAAAUUUUAUUUUAGAUGUUAAAUGUGAUUUAAUGAGGAGUAGGUCUUUGCAUUUUCUUAUUUCUUUACGUUUUGACUGAUGUUUCAUUCCAUUUCCCUGCUCUUUCUACAGUCACCUGCUAAUUUUGUGGGUGAAGAAUCUUCCUGCUCCUUGCUCUAAGGCUCUGACAAGAGGAGUGUUUUUCAUUUCACUACCAGUAAUAAUUAGUUCUUGGAUGAAAGGAUGGGGCUUAAAUGACCUAAUGAUGGCCGUAGCCUGCUGAUUGGCUGGCUGCAUUUGCAAUUUCAUUUUUUUUGUCUCUUGGUCAGAAGUUUAUGCUUGUGAUUUUAAGAAGGCCGUUCAGGUUUUAAAACUCCAUCAUAUAAUAGACUCUUCACAGUGCCAGUGUGUUUUAAAUUUCGAGUAUCGGCUAGAUUUACUGUGAAUGCUUGGAGUCACUGAUUUAAACAUUCUUCAUUUUGCGUACCUGGGACAUGGGGGAGACGCCCCCUUCAGCCAACAUACCUACAAAACAAUUACAGCAUAAAUUUCAUCCUUCACAUAAAAAUUCUAAAAGAUACCUCAUAAUACUGAUAAAGGUUGAAAAGUUUUUUUUUUUUUUAAUUUGGAAAUUGUUUAAUUGCAUAGGUUGUUUUAUGGUGUGCAGUUUUGUGUGUAUUUAUUAAAAGGUCGUGAAUCUGUGAAAGGAUCUUAUAUUUCUAACAGAUGCGAAUAUCAUUCCUCGUGUUUCUACGUAGCCUAUAAUGAUUUUUCCACUAAUUUCCGUUCAUACAUUGACGGAAAUAGAACCAAAUGUAAUGUAACAGACUUAAACACUGACCCUGAGCUGUAAUAUUUUGUAAAAUAUGUAAACCUGAUGUCUAUCUGGUGCUAAAUUUGGAUGUGGACUUAGAACAAAGACGUCUUUUCAGACUGUGCACGGGGCCAUGGGUGUUUUCAUACGAAAAGUAUUAAAUGAAUACGUUUCUUUUUAAA